CGAAAGGUCAGUUCGGGGGGAGAAAGCAAAGGAGCAGCUGAGAAGUAUUUGUGGCACCAGUGAGAAGAGACUGUGAUGUCCACUAAAGGAAGCCAUGACUAUGAAUUUCAGAGCAUCAAGACCCUGUCAACACAAGCUAAUCCCUACGGAUGUUGGCUGAAUAAGACGAAACGAGUGCACUGUGGAGACUGUGUCAGCCUCCAGCAGGCCAAUUUGUCCUCAUAUUACACACUCUGCUGGCUCUGUUGCUAGACCCCCAGAUCGAGGAGCCACGGCGAGCGUCCCCCAACCCGACGGGGGUUGACACAGCAUGGUUAAUAAGUCAACAGAAUUCAGAAGCCACCACCGGAUUAAGAAGGCAGUUUUAUUUCAGUGCCCUGGACUUCAAGCAGAUUAAAUAAUCAAAAAGGCUGAGCCAUCGAGGUCAUGUUUGAAUGCUACAGCUGUUCACUGAGGUUUGACAAACAUUCUCUCUGGGGCUCGCCAUCUGAAUGGGAAAAGCAAGGGUGAUCUUGGGGAGGCCGACACUUUAAGAAAGAAGAGGGGCCCAAUCAAAAGAUCCUCUUAUGGAAAACAAUCCCAGCCAGAUGGAGACGGUGGAAGCAUUGCUUCAAUAAGCAGUCUCCUGGAAGCCACAACCCUUUGCUGCAUUGAAGAUAAAGCACAAGCGGGAUUCAGAAAAAGUGAAUGACAAGCUGGGCUCUGGGUUUGCCAUGCCCUCGGUUUGUUGAUCUGCAGAUUAAUAGAGGUGGGCCACGGGUUCAGCAAGGAAGCUUGCGGAGAUUCAGUCAUGAAAGGUGAACUGCUUCUGCUUUCCAGUGUAAUCUUCCUGCUCCGGGUGGUGUGUGGCUGCCCCACGAGGUGCCGCUGUCACUCACCCUCACUGUCUGUAGACUGCAGCCGGCAGGGUCUGGCUGAAAUCCCUCCCGAUUUGCCUCCUCAGACCCUAACGCUGCACUUGCAAGAUAACCAGAUACACCAGCUCCCUGCUUUUGCAUUCAGGUCGGUGCCACACCUCAGGACCCUGAACUUGUACAACAAUUCCCUUUCAGAUCUGGCCCCUGGAGUCUUCCAUGGACUUCAGCACUUGCAGGUCUUAAACCUAACCCAGAACUCCCUGCAUUCUCUGGAAAGCAGACUUUUCCAUUCCCUCCCACAGCUGCGGGAGCUUGAUUUGUCAUCAAACAACAUAAGCCACCUUCCCAUAUCCCUGGGUAAGCCUUGGGAGAACCUGACGGUAUUUGCAAUUCAACAAAACCAGCUUCAGCAGCUUGAUCGAGAGCUCCUAGAAUCCAUGCCCAACGUGAGGCUUUUAUUUCUCAAGGACAACCUCUGGAAAUGCAAUUGCCACCUGCUCAGUCUUAAACUCUGGCUGGAGAAAUUUAUCUAUAAAGGAGGAAUAACAGACAGUGUCACCUGUGUGUCACCCGACACCUGGAAGGGGAAGGACCUCCUGAAGAUCCCUCAUGAGAUGUACCAGCCCUGCCCUUUCCCUUCUCUGGGUGUGGGGACAUGGGGGGUGCAGCAGCUGGGUUCUGCCCACCGGCCGGGCCCCGGGUCUCCUGAGAGCCCCAGCACGGGGCAGCGAGACCACUCGGAAUGUGAGCUCAAACCCAAGCCGAGGCCGGUUAACCUGCGUCACGCGGUGGCCACCGUCGUCAUCACCGGGGUUGUGUGUGGGAUCGUGUGUCUCAUGAUGCUGGCGGCCGCCAUCUACGGCUGUACCUAUGCGGCUGUCACAGCGCAGUACAAUGGGGGGCGCUUGGCUCAGACGGACGAGCCUGUGAAGAUGGAAGGGAAAGGGCCGCAUGACCUCGCACAAGCCUGAAAGCCUCCACCUCAAAGAGGAAGAAUCACGUUAGGCCAGAAGAGAGUGUGGAGUCGGGCUGAUGCGUUCACUGUGACGGUCUCAUUUUGCUUUUUUCAAAAGGAAAACAAAAAACAUCCCCAGGGAAAAAUUAUGUUGAGAUUUAAAAAAUACCAUGUUGAAACAGAGACAAUACUUGUGCUCUGCGUCUGAGAAGUUACUGCAGUUACUCUGUGUGGGGGAAGGCCGUACCCUGCGAAAGGGAAGAUCUACCUCUCAGGUACUCUUCCCUGACUUACGUGGCUUUAAAGAGCAUCAGAAAUUCAAACACACGCACUAGUCCUCAUUCCCGGGAGCUUUAUGGUCCACUGGAAAACUGCCCAAUUUUGAGUGCCUGGGAAGAAGCUGGCUAUCUUACCCGAGGGGCACUGAAUGCCUCUAUAAUUCAAAUUCAUGUGAGAUCAGUGAUACUUUUAGAUGUUCUGCAUGUUAUAUAUUUAAUGGGAGAGUCUGUUGGUUGGGAAUUGCAUAGCUUGCCACAAGAGUCAGAUUAUAUUUAAUUUUCUAAAUCAGAAAACCAUUUGGGGCUUUCGAGGCCACAGAGGAAGAGGAGGGUUCCAUGUCUGGAUAAUGGGACUCAGGCUCAGGGUCUGGGGAAGUUUUCUGAUGCAAGGGUAAAUAACAUAUAAACAAACACUAAGAGGAUGGGGAGCUGGAAUCCAGGGCACAUGUUACCAGAAGGCUGUAUCCACCAGGCGAUUGGAACCUUCCAUUUAUAACUCUUACAGCAGGAACAAAUUUAGGGUGGGCUGAGAGCAAGAUAAUGGCUUGUGUGUAUCUGUAUCUACAUACAUAGUGCACCGAGUGCACAGACUUGUACAACCACACCCACACAUAAACAUACUCGGAGCAAUCAGUUUACCCACUAAUGAAAUGCAGCCGUGGCAGGGUGGAAGCCAGCAGCUGUUGACCACCACCCAGAUUGUCUACUCAACACUCUGGGGUAGGAAGUAGGAAGGAAGUCUGGGGAGAGUGGAAAUCAUCAAGAGACUCAAGUUAGGUGGCAGCAGCCAUCCUGAAUAUUGUUUGGGCCUAGGUUUAAAAAAAUCAGGUGUGGCCUGCUUUACUCCAUGGACACAGUCCUGAAGAGUUGCAUGCAAAGUGAAUUUUUGUAAAUUAAAUCAUCAUUUUAAUGCAGUAGGGGAGCUCGCUAUUUAAAGGAACCUUUCAUGGAAUCUUUCUGUAAUGGCAAUAAUUGGCUCCAGAUUUAUGUAUUUUGUAAAUUUGCAUUUUCUCAUGUUAGGUUUUCUUAAAAUGUCAUCUACCUGCUCUCUCUCAUGAAUCCGUAUCUCACACUUAGAGUCACCUGUUAGUAUUAAAAUCAUUUUACAGAGAGGAGUUAAGGACAUGUCAAAAGCAGAGAAUGGCAAAUAUAGGGUCAGCUGUCCCUCCAGAGGCCUUGACAGACAUCGCUAAUCAAUCCCAGCACUCCUCCCAGCUGAGCCUUGAUGCAACACAGAUGCCUUCUUAAGACAGCACUGUAGGCAACCAGAACUAAUCAAUUGGAAUUGGUUCAAAGGAUAAAACACAUUUGCCAUUCAGGGCACUGGCUCUACAUUCACUCCUUCAGGCCAUGUAAAACUCAGUUUGGAUCCUAAAUUAGUAGUCCAUUCCCUACCUGGAAUGUGAAUGGGAGGUCCACACAGGCAGGAGUUAUUUUCUCCCUGUCUGAUGCAGCCAGAGCCUUGGCCAAUAGUAUAAAGAGGCCAAGGGAAAUACGGAUGAACCUACCACAGCCCACCCUGCAGGACACACACCUAUGCACCCCUAAUCAUCACAGAGGCCAUCUACACCUGCCCACAGAGACUCACAACUAGUGUGGGCCCCACAUACCACAAGCUAAAGAUGGACCAUCUUCUUAGAGGAGCAAUUUUGCUAAAUGAUUUUCUGGGGGGAGUGGGGGGGGGGACGUAUCAACUUUGAUGUUAAUUUUUUUCUGAAUGUUAAAAUAAACCUCGAUAUGUUGAAAGUAGAUUGAAAACUCAUCAUGGAUUUUAAGAUCAAAAACAGACCCCAGAGAAAGCUGGCUGUUCUAACAACUCCAUCCCAAGCCCUGGGGCCUCUUUUCUGCUCUGCCUUGGGAGGCACUUCAGUGGGCAAGGCUAAGCAUCCAGUCUAAGGACACAGUGGUUAUUUCCAGGUGAAAAAACUCAUUCUUGCCCUUGUCCUGGGCUGUAAGUCCUUGGCCAAGAAGGCAACACAAGAAAGGAAAUUUAGAAGAUCUUUUCAUAUGUUGUCCCAAUUUCACCAAACCUUUCCAGAGCUUGCACUAGGUACCAGGCACGGUGAGAGGUGUUUUUGUGAGCAUCGGUCAUGUAAUCCUGGCAACCAGCUCCGAGAUACUUCAACAAGUGUUACAAAAGCUGGGUGGUACCCAGGCCAGUAACACGUGCUUCUUCUCACCACUGUGACUUAAGAUCGCGAGUGCACAGUGUUCUGCCGGAGGUUUGGUGACACUGCAGGUCAACCCCGAUCCCCCACCCACAGUGGUUACAUGAGAGAGCUUCCAAUACGCUGCAGAAAACCCUGAAUGUGGCUAGAAUCCUCACUCAUCAACACCCAUGUCCUACUAGAUUUCUAAGUACAGACGAUAACUCAGGCAAACAGAUUCCUGUUUUAUGAAUAGUCUUUAAGGCAAAUGAUUAAAACAAUGCCUAUGUAUAUUCAGAUUUUGAUCUUUUGCCUACAGUCACCACAAACAGCAGUUGGCAAUGAAAAUAAUUACUUACCCUGAAAUGUCAACAGCCUCUCAGCACAGAAAAAUAUAAAUCAAAUUGUUUAGAUUAACAAAUGCAGAGUUAUCACUUGCUAAUAUGAGAAAUGAAAUGUUUCAACUACAAAAAACAUCACAGAUGAAAGACCCAAUUUGCAGGGUAUUCUGUGAGAACCACAAAUUAUCUUUCACAAUGACUACAGCUCAUGAGGGGUAAUUUGAAAACGCCUCAUAGAUUAUUUUCAGCUGCUUAUUGCUGCUGUCAUAUUCAUAAAUCCCCCUAUACAAAUGCCCUUCUAUCAUAGGGCCUUGAUAAAGGCACGUUGUGGACAAAAUUCAUGCAUGGUAUGGAUGGAUUCUGAGAAAACCGUCUAAAAUAUUGUUUUUCAUCAUACUGAGUGGAACAGUAUGACUACAGACUGGUGAUUUUUGUCUUGCCUGAGAUCAUAAAUUUACAAUAGCAGGACCCAACGGAUGCUAUGGCUGUCUGAAGUGAGGCAUAUAAAAAGGAAGUAUAAAGAAUAGACCCUGCCUGCAAAUAGAAACUGUAGAGAGAGAAGACCUCGUGGGAAACUGAUACCUGAACAGCUUUUAAAAUUAAGGCAAAUACCCCUGACUUGCAGGGAGAAUGUUGUGCUUACAAUGGAUAAACUGUCCAAUGGACAACUGGGUGUUUUAUUCUUCCUCACAAAAUUCCAAGACUGAAAAGUGAUUCACAUGAUUUCCUCCUGAAGAUUCAUAAAAGUCCAGUCCCAUUACCCGAGUUAACCAAGUUACCCCAGAAAUAAGACACUCUUGUCUUAGAUCCUAAAUAUCAAAGGAAGUAGAUAAAUCAAUUUCUAAAAUAAUCUAUGUGUAGUACACAUUAAUAUAAUUAUAUGACUGCUAGAAACCUAUAACUUUUAACUGGAAAUCAGGAAAUAACUCUUUCUGGUUUGGUUAAACCUACUGUUAAUGGACAGAAACCUACAAGCAAAUGAUGUUCCAAACCCUACAUGGCAUCACUGGGAUGUGGUUUAUAUGCAUAACUUUAGGGAACUAUCAAGAGAGGGUGCAUGCUCAUGAGCAGGGAAGGGGCAGAGGGAGAGGGAGAGUGAGAAUCCCAGGCAAGCUUGCUUGCUUGCUUGCUUUCUUUCUUUCUUUCUUUCUUUCUUUCUUUCUUUCUUUCUUCCUUUCUUAUUGCUCUAAUUGCAAUGAAGUCUCAAAGAAACUCUAUUUCCAUUUGGAGAAGUGGCUUCAUUGUCUACCACUCUCCUUUCAGAUUCUUAACUUUUCACUCCACUGAUAGUAAAUAUCCAUUUAUUAUCAGGAUGUCACCAAUUACAAAGGCCCAUCAAGAAGACCCAGAAAAGGAACUAGAGGAUUGGGAGUUGAGACAAUCCCUAGAGAACAUUUAGUUUAGACCUGACAAAUUUGGGAUAGCUGUGACCAGCCUCCCUACCCAUGUUAGGCAUUGAGAAUAGAUCACGGAAAAUUUAUCUCCUGAGCCCAGCCACUGCCUCAGAAUCCUUUUAAAUCUGUAUUUUCAGUCCCCAGUACUGAUUACAUAGAGUUAACAAUAAAGAUUAAACCUGUUUUCUACCCUGAUAUAGUUCUGUGUCCUUAGUUUACAAAUGGGAACUAGAAGCAUGGAAAAGGAAUGGGACUUUUCCAAAGUCACACAGAUAAUUAAUUAUUGGCUUGACAAAUGCAGGUGCAGGAGCAUGGGGUUAACAUGGAUUAUACGACCAAACCCCCAUUAUUCUUCAUGCAUUCUGUGUGAACCACAGUAUCAAUAUGAACUGAUAUCAAAUAUCAGUGUGAACCACAAUAACAGACUACGGCAUUAUGAUAUUAAUUAUAGUCCUGCACUCAACUUUUAUUGAGCACCCAAUUUGUGCCAGUUGUUUCCCAAGUGUAAUGCUUUCAUUUUCCCUAAGCCUCGUAUUGACCAAAACAUCAUGUAGGCAUUUGGGGCGCCUGGGUGGCUCAGUCAGUUGAGCAUCUGACUUAGGUUCAGGUCAUGAUCUCAUGGUUCGUGAGUUUGAGCCCUGCAUUGAGAUCUCUGCUCUCUUUCAGUGCAGAGCCUACUUUGGAGCCUCUGUUUCCCCCUCUCUCUGUAACUUCUCUCUCUCUCUCUCUCUCUCUCUCUCUCUCUCUCUCUCUCAAAAAUAAAUAAACUUUAAAAAUGUGGACAUUUUACUGCUACAUUACAGAUAAAGAAACAAAAUCACUGGAUUUGGAUUAUUUGUUCAAGUUCACACCAUUAGUAAGUAGUGGAGUAGGAAUUUGGAUGCAGGAUCUGGACACUUUCUGGGAUGUGACUGGUUUGAAGAAGUCACAGUUGAGAUGCUUUCCUGGCACUGCUAGCACUGACCUUAAAAUAUGGCAGAGAAAAGAAACGGAUCCACCAGCCAGUGUGUCACUGCCAGAACUCUGGUCUCACCAAGACCCAGUAAAUCAGAUGAAAAGGCUGAGGAAAAUGAAGAUCCUUAUAUCACCCAUGACUCUGCUGAGCUGGAAAAGAUGUUCUUAGAAUGGGAAUGUAGAAAUUCAGCCACACUCACUCGCAGCUACUUGAGAAAAUGAUGAAAUUAGACGCUGCCUAAUAAGAAGUGUUGCCCAUUGAAAUACUCAUGAAUACAAAGAUGAAAAAAAGUUAUGAGGAUCUAGAAACUGAGAAUACAGGUCAAUGAGAUCCAAGCCUCCAGGAGGGAUGCCCAACAUCCAAAGCAGAGAUAUGGCCCAUCAGAUAGAUGAGAGGGAUGCAAAGGAAGACAGUCUAUGUACCACCUAUCCUUAUUCUGGUAUCUUUCUCUGAGACAUGGACUUCACAAACCAGACGGAAACCACUUCCUCCCAUAUAAGAUGUCUGAGAACAUUUAAGUCCUACAACACCUGCCAUUAAGACCUUGCUGUCUUCCUCCACUAGAGAUGAAGAAUCUCAACAGUGUAGCAUAUAAUGGGAUGAUAAAAUAAAGAGAGUACAAUAAGAUAAGCACAAUGUAGGGGCUACAGCUUUUAUCUAUUGUUUCUUACAAGGAAUGAAAACUACAGAUGACUUUGGUUUACCUAAGUAGACAGAUCACCAGGCAGUAGGACAUGGCGUUUCUCACUGGUCCUGCAAUGCCACUCUAGAUGGAGGACACCUAGACACUGGACAUUUAUUUAGGGGCUGUGCCUAUCAACUAGCCUUCUAUCUUAGUCUCCAAGGUGUGAUUUGAAGUCAACAAUAAGGGACCCCUAAGGGGAAGUCAUUCACUCUGUCCAUCAGCAAACAUCCCAUAUUUAAAAAAAAAUUUUUUUAAAUGUUUAUUCAUUCUUGGGAGAGAGAGACAGAGUGUGAGCCUAGAAGGGGAAGAGAGAGAGGGAGACACAGAAUCUGAAGCAGACUCCAGGCUCUAAGCUGUCAGCAUAGAGCUCGAUGCAGGGCUUGAACUCACAAACCGUGAGAUCAUGACCUGAGCCAAAGUUGGAUGCUCAACUGACUGAGCCAACCAGGCAUCCCGCAAACAUCCCAUAUUUUAAUGGUGAUUAAAAUUAACAAAGAAACCUAAACAGAACCUCCUGAAAGAUAUUUUUUAAAAAGGAACAAAGGCAGCAUUGCCCACAAGAUGCAGAAGAAGCAUGAGAGAUCUAUUUCAAAAAAUAUCCUAGCACAAUUUUUAAAGUUUCUGGUUGGAUUUGGUGUACAUUAUACCCACUCACAUUCCAUUGGCAACAAGAUGUCAUAUGGCUAAGUUCAGACUUAAGGAGCACAGAAUCAUACAGUGUCCAGUAGGAUGGCACAGGGAGUGACCUAGCAAUAGGCAAGGAUAUUCAGUCCCCUUAUAAGAAAAGAAGGAGGGGGGCUCUUGGGUGGCUCUGUCGGUUAAGCAUCUGACUCUUCAUUUCAGCUCAGGUCAUGAUUUCACAGUUUGUGGGUUCAAGCUCCAUGUCGGGUUCCUUGCUGACAGAAGCCUGCUUGGGAUUCUUUCUCUCCCCCUCUCUCUCUGCCCCUCCCCUGUCUGUGUGCACAUAUGUACUCUCUCUCAAAAUAAAUAAACUUUAAAAAAAAGAAAGGAAGGAGUAAAUAAUUGCAAACAAUCAUAAAAUAAUGACAAAUAAUAAAAUAAUAAUGGCUAAUAAUAGUAAAUAAUAAAUGAAUAAAAUCUUCCAUAGUCACCAUCAGAGGUACAGAAGAAACAUUAGGACAUAUUGAAUCAGUGAUAUAGACCACUAUUACAGGCAUAUUCACUCCUGGAAUUCAAAAGAAAAAAUAGGGAUGAAAGCAACAGAAGAUGAUAGAAAUGAAGGAGAAAUGGUAAAGAACUAAAAUAUGGAUACUUGGUUUUCCCAAUAAACAGAUUAGAACCUGCCAAACAGAAGGAAAGAAAAUCUGAGAAGACAUCUUUCCUGAGCUAAAGAAAAACUCCAAUUAUAUAGAUUGAGAA